GAACCAUACUUGUUAUUAUAACUUUUUGAUAUAUCAUAUCAUAUAAGAGAGAUGAGCCUUAAAGGAAAGUUAGUUUCUGAGAUAAACAUCAAGUGUGAUGGAGAUGUUUUUCAUGAGAUUUUAGGGCAUAAACCACAUCAUAUGUCAAGCAUAUGCCCUGAUAAGAUACAAAAUGUGAAUAUUCAUGAAGGUGAAUGGGGCAGUGUUGGCUCUGUUAGUUCCUGGAACUUCACCCAUGAUGGGAAAGAAAAGGUGGUAAAGGAAAUAGUUGAAGAAAUAGAUGAAGAAAAGAAGUUGAUUAAGAAAAAGAUAAUUGAAGGAGAUAUAUUGGAGGAUUACAAAUCAUUUUACAUCACUACUCAUGUUGAGACAAAAGGUGAAAACAAUUUAGUUACUUGGAUUAUUGAAUAUGAAAAGAAGAAUUCAAAUGUGCCAGAUCCACACACAUAUAUGGAAUUUGCUCUCAACAUGACUAAAGAUAUUGAGACUCACCACAUCAAGUGACACAUAUGUAUAUGUACUUGGAAUAAUGUGUGGUGUUAUUAAUGAAUGUGCUUUGAAAUAUCUACUAUAUAUAUGUAACAAAAAUAAAUGGAGUGGAUAUGUAAUUUCUAUUUUGUAAUAUUCUGCUUAUAUAUAAUAUAAAUAAAAGCUACAAUUUGGAUUGCA